AUGGACCUGAAAGGAUCCAGUACCCAGAGUAAAGUACGACAGUGUUUUCAAUGUCAGGGGGACACAGAAUUCUACUGUAACACGUGUAAAUAUGACCUAUGUCUACAGUGUAAAGAGAGACAUGUUACCAAUACCCAUAAAGUGGUGUUUUAUCGAACAAAGUAUAGCAAAAGAGGCUAUGCAAUACAGUGUAAUGUACGACAGUGCUCUGAAUGUAAGGGGAACACAGAAUUCUACUGUAACACGUGUAAACAUGACCUGUGUCUACAGUGUAAAGAGAAACAUGUUAUUGAUCUCGAUACUGUAUACCAUGAUCUUGUGAUUUACCGUGAGAAAUACAAAAAGAGUUUAAAACGGGAGACUUGUGUGAGACAUCCAGAUAUGAUCUUUGAAAAGUACUGUUAUUCAUGCGAACUUCCCUUUUGUGCCAAAUGUGGAGAACACAGAAAUCCCAAAAUUUUUCCUUCUUUUCUCCAGUGGAAAAAACACAGAAAACACAAAAUACUGGACAUCAGAACAGCUUAUGAAAGAAAACGUCAACAACACAAAGGAAUCAUCCAAAACAUCAGAUUUAAUACUCUCUAUAACUGUUGUUUUCUCCUAUCUAGAAUCAACACUGAUUUAAAAACUCGUCACACAGAAAUCUCCAACUUUCAAUCAGAGAUGUCAGCCAAAGCGCAUAGACUAAAGGGACUCAUCGACACUGUCAUAUGUGAUGUUAAAAUCAGACUUAUAAGUUUAAUGAUUCAACAACAGAUCAAACAAAUGAACAGUCACCUUGCGAGCAUAGAGAACUAUGAACACAGCUAUGAAGAGUCAGCAAAUAGACCCUUCAAAUUCCUCUUUUUCAUUAAGAAUAUCGAAGUCCCCAUCCUAAAAGACACUCCUAAUCUUACACAACUUGCCCGUUACUCUCUUAAAGAAGAAAGCAACUUGGAGGAUGUACCCGAGCUUUUGAGUGAAAUUCAAAUCAUAGAGACUGGAAAAAGACAAGUGAGAGAUGAAUGUGUACUGAAACUGAUGUCUAAACCAAUGUUAAACAAAAUCAUUACUGUCACAGGUGUUUUUGGUGCCAGACAUAUUUCUUUUGUGUCAUCAGACCGGAUGUGGGUGAGUGAUGGUAGCAAUCUCACCCUGACAAACACAGACGGUGACGAAUUACAUCAUCUGACAGAUAUAAGUAGUGGUUGGGGAGUACACACAGUGAACAUUGCAGGUGAUCUUAUUUAUAUAGACAAAUAUCGUAACAUAAACAAAUUAUCUUCAGAUAACAGAUCAAAGUCUACACUGAUAAUGAAUACAUUCAUGUACUUUUGGAUGCCACUCUGUGUCUACUGCUCCCCUUCAAAUGGAGACAUUCUGGUUGGGACGUGGGAUUACAUAAAUACAGGCAUGAUAAACCGUUAUAAUAGUGGGGGAUACUACAUACAGACAAUACAAAAAAACAACACAGGUCAGGAACUGUAUAGUUAUCCUCUUUUCAUCACAGAGAACCACAAUGGAGAUAUUAUUGUGUCUGACGAGUUCUCUCAUGAUGUAGAAAUUUCAGAAUGUGGAGAAAUAAUUAAGUCUGAAACUGGCCGCUUAGUUGUGACAGAUGGUAGAGGAAAACAUCGCUUCUCCUACGAAGGCCCUCCUUCGGGAUCAAAACUUGGACCACUAGGUAUUUGUACAGAUGCGCUGUCACACAUCCUGCUGUGUGAUUCUAAAACCCACACUGUACAGAUGAUUGAUAAGGAUGGCUACUUUCUGUCCCUGGUUCUAACAGGGUUAAUUUCACCAAACAGCCUGAGUUAUGACAACAAAAGUCACCUUCUUUGGGUAGGAUCAUUUAACAACGAAGUUUGUGCUUACAGAUACAUAACCAGACAGGACUCUCUGACAGGUGUGGAUAAAAGAGAACUUCGAGAAGAAGGAGCUCAAAAUCUUAAAUAUAAAGAGGACGAAGAUUAA